AUGUUCAAAUCAAGUCUAACAAAACAACAAUUAUUAUCAUUAAAUAAAACUACAGCUUCAAGAAACUUAUUCAAGAUGCCAAUUUUAGCCACCAAAAAACCAUUUUCAUCAAGUUCAGCAAAAGGUGAGACUUAUAAAUUACAAUCACAAUUGCCUAAAUUACCAGUUCCUGAAUUACAAGAAACUGCUGCUAAAUACAUCAGAUCUAUUGAACCAUUUUUGAAUCAACAACAAUUACAGGAUUCCAAAGCCAAGGUCGAGGAAUUUAUCAGACCAGGUGGUGUUGGUGAACAAUUACAACAAAGAUUGAACUCCUUUGCCAAGGACAAGGAUAACUGGUUGGCUGAAUUCUGGGAUGACUAUGCGUAUUUGUCAUAUAGAGACCCUGUUGUUCCAUUUGUGUCAUACUUUUUUUCCCAUAAAGACGUCAAGAAUGUUGUUGGACAAGAUCAAUUAUUGAAGGCAACCUUGAUUGCUUAUUAUACUAUCGAGUUUGCUGAAAAAGUUCAAAAUGAAACUUUACAACCAGAAGUCAUCAAGGGAAAUCCAUUCUGUAUGAAUGCAUUCAAAUACAUGUUUAACAAUUCAAGAGUUCCAGCUGAAGGAUCUGAUGUUACUCAACAUUACGAUGCAAAUGCCAAUAGAUUCUUUGUUGUUGUUUAUAAAAACAAUUUUUAUAAAGUUCCAACUCAUAACGAACAAGGACAAAGAUUGUCCAAAGGUGAAAUUUACAGCUACUUGCAACAAGUCAAGAAUGACCCAACUCCAAAGGGUUUACCAGUUGGUGCUUUAACUUCAUUGAACAGAGACGAGUGGUUGAGUGCUUACAAUAACCUUUUGAAAUCACCAAUCAAUGAAGCUUCUUUAACUGACAUUUUUGCUUCGGCAUUUGUGUUGUGCUUGGAUUCAAACAAUCCAAUUACUAUUGAAGAAAAAUCGAAAAACUGCUGGCACGGAGAUGGACAAAAUAGAUGGUUUGAUAAACCAUUGGAAUUUUUCGUUAGUGCCAAUGGUAACUCUGGUUUCCUUGGUGAACAUUCAAGAAUGGAUGCUACACCCACUGUGCAAAUGAACAAUACGGUUUUGAAACAAAUUGCUGAAACCAACCCUGAUGAAUUGAUUGCUGAAAUUGCCACUGUAACUCCUAAAGUUGGUAGAGCUGAAAUUAUACCAUUUGAUUUAAACCCAACAUCGAGACAAAAUAUAGUGUCUGCAGUUGCGAAAUUUGAUGCCACUAUUGCUGCUCAUGAUGAAGAGAUUUUCCAACAUUAUGGAUAUGGUAAGAACUUGAUUAAAAAAUUCAAGACGUCUCCCGAUGCUUAUGUACAAAUGUUGAUGCAAUUGGCCUACUACAAAUUGACUGGUAAAGUUAGACCAACUUAUGAAUCAGCCGCCACUAGAAAAUUCUUAAAGGGAAGAACUGAAACUGGUAGAACUGUUUCCAAUGAAUCCAAAAAAUUUGUUGAAACUUGGACUGAUCCAAAAGCUUCCAUUGAAGAAAAAGUUGCCACAUUCCAAGCCGCUACUAAACAACAUGUCGCUUACUUGUCAUCAGCAGCUGAUGGUAAGGGAGUUGAUCGUCAUUUGUUUGGUUUGAAACAAAUGUUGAAACCAGGUGAAGAAGUGCCAGAAAUUUUCACUGAUCCAAUCUUUACUUAUUCACAAAGUUGGUACAUUUCAUCAUCACAAGUUCCUUCUGAAUUCUUUCAAUCUUGGGGUUGGUCACAAGUUAUUGAUGAUGGUUUCGGAUUGGCUUAUUUGAUCAAUAAUGACUGGAUCCACGUGCACAUUUCAUGCAAGUAUGGAAAUGGGUUGAGCUCGGCUCAAUUGAAAUGGUUCCUUGUUGACAGUGCCAAUGAAAUGCAAGAUGUUUUGGUUAAGGGAUUAUUGGGAGACAAAGCUAAGUUGUAA